AUUUGCAGCGGAGUGCUCAGUCGUAGGGGACGUGUUCAUAACGACAUUUGACGGCAGAAUGUUUCUUCAGCCCGGAUCAUGUCAGUAUGUCCUUGCAAAGAGCCGUGGCAGCAGCAAAUUUACUGUUACGCUGCAGUAUAGCACCUGUGCAGAGGAGCAGACGUGUAUUCAGUCGGUGACAGUGGUGUUGGAUGAAGAUGUGAGUCGUCAGAUCACUUUGACAAGAGACGGGGAGGUCAUAAUUGGUGUCAACCCAGCUUCUGUGCUGCCCUACACUGAUGAUACGGUGGAGGUCCGAAAGCUGACCUCUGUGUUUGUACAGCUGAAAGUGGCUGAUGGCCUGCGGUUGCAAUAUGAUAGUCAAGGGGGGCGAGUGUACCUGCAGCUGCACAGCAAAUGGCGAGGACAAACGCUGGGCCUGUGUGGAACCUUCAAUGGAAAUCUUCGCGAUGACUUCCUGUAAGAAAGUAUUAUAUCAAUCCUA